GUGCACAUCUUUUCCCAACUCUGCGCUCACUAACAUCAUGAGAGCUUGAAAUCCACCAUAGUGGGAGUAUUUACCAUUUAGCCCCCUUCAGCAGUGAAGGCUGUUCGUCCUCUCUCAUCCCUAUGUCUAGGAACAGAGGAAAGAAAGGGAACGGCACAGUUUUAUUUCCUUUUGCCUCUUCCAACCAUUGCUACUCUGAUCUUCAAUUAUCCCCCCUUUUUUUGACACUCCCAGUAAAUUGCCCAAACCUCCUUUGCCUGACAACUGAGCAGGUUUACUGCUGAUUUACCCAAAUGAGAGCUUUCGUAUCUCCCUCCCAUGCCUUUCAUCCACUCCAAGGCCCAUCGGCCCACAGGGAUGAUCCAGGAAGCAUUGCCGUCUCACAAUCUUGUGACUUUAUCAACUUCAAGGACAUGUCACCUCUGCUCCACUUCAGACAUGCACAACCACAGCCACAUCUUGGAUCACAAAGCCAACUUUGGAAUAGCUGCAUCUUUGAAAUGUGAUUAUGAUGACACCUUUUCUGCAGGAUUGAGGGAGUUGAACUUGUCAAAUUAAUGUCUACAGUGAUAUGUAUGAAACAAAGGGAAGAAGAAUUCUUGCUAACCAUCAGACCUUUUGCAAACAGGAUGCAGAAAUCCCCUUGCUAUAUUCCCAUUGUGAGCAGUGCCACCCUGUGGGAUAGAAGCACACCCAGUGCAAAGCACACCCCUUGUUAUGAAAGAACUUCAGUACCCUGCUCCAGAUUCAUUAAUCACAUGAAGAAUUUCUCUGAAUCUCCUAAAUUUCGUAGUCUACACUUUCUGAAUUUUCCAGGAAGUCACCAUGGACAGGCCACACAGAAAUUACAGGGAGCUAUGGUUCUUCACCUUGAAGAGCGACUUCUUGGCAGAUACUGCAUCUUCAGCCAGGAGAAGUUGGCUUAGUACAAAAGGGCUUUUGAAGCGGAAACUACAAGAAGAUGCAUCUAUCUUAACAAAAAAUAAUAAACCAAGAAAAUAAAAGAUAUGGGAUCCUAGAAAUAAAAGGUGCAACACAAGAGAGAGAUAAAGAAAAACAUUGACAACCUCUCUAUGAAGAAAGACCCAAAAUGAUAACUUUGCAACAGCUCUAGGGAAUAAUUUGUUCAGAUAAGAGUAACUCAGGAGACUCCAAGAGCGAUUUUCAAGAAGAUUAAAUCUAUAGAAUACCUAAUAUGUUUGCACGUGUAUAGAAGAGAUUUAUACUACUUGGAGAGAAUUUAGCAGUUCAUCUAUGAAUAUCAUUUGCAUAGAUAUAAUGUUUGCUAAAUAUUUCUAUAGCCUAAGGAAGAUGGUGAAUGAGAAGUGUGCUUGUGUGUGGCAAGGAAGAAGGGGAUUUACCAAGUGGGAAGUCCAUGGUCAAAUGCUUAAGACUUAGUAAGGCAUUUACCAAGUGGGAAGUCAAUGGGCAAAUGCUUAAGACCUAGUAAUCAGAAUGCAAAUACAUAAGUACAUGUAGAGGCAGAACAUAGCAUUGUAGUUAUGUGUGCAGAUGCUGGAGUGAGACUCUCUGGGUUCAAAUCCCAGCCCCACUAAUUACUAGUCAUGUGACUUUGGGCAAAUUGUUGACCUAUUUGAAACUCAGUUUUCUCAUAUGAAAACUGUGAUUAUAAUUACUCAUCUCAUAAGAUUUUUAUAUGAACUAACUUUCUAAAAUACUUAGAAUAGUACUUGGCACAAAGCCAGCAGUAUAAAAGUGUUGACCAUUAAAAUAAUGUCAUUAGAGACAUGGAGAUAAAUAUUAAAAGAAUAAGCUAAAACAGAAAUUGGUUGUGACAGGAGGAGAAUGAUGCACUGGGAAUAUUAUUGCUUUUCAUAACUUGGAGAAAUUUGAUUUUUUAAAGUUUGUGUUCACAUAUAAUUAAAAAAAUAGAAAACUAAAUUUUAAGUGACAAGAAUUAUAUUCUUCCAUUUAGUCAGGUGCUGGAUAAAGUAGCUUUUGUUUAGGUGUCUGCAAAUAUUAUGACAAUUAGGACAAGAAGAGUGCAUGCUAUUUUCAACCAGUUUGUAUUAAUGAUGAUCCUUAGAUGUAAGCAACAGAAGUUGAUGAAGCUGAUUUAAAUACAACGGUUUAGUUGAAAAGAUGUUGGGGAGAUCACAGAAUGAAUUGCAGUGUUGGAGAACCAGGUAUGAAAACAUACAGGCAUGAAGGGAGGCUGCAUAGCCAUAACUAUGUCCUGAAUCACACCAAAUACCAUCAGGUGAGGAUUUCACAUCUAUCACCAUUGGACUCGCCAUACCGUAAUUUAUACAUUUACUGACCUGGCUGCCACAACUCUUCCUGGAAAUCAGAUGCUGCUGCCACCACAGCCUUAUCAGAAAGAAGCCUCCUCUCGUGUUGUUUUAUGUCACCAGUCCCACUUCAAGUCAUAGCCAAGUGCAUAAAUUGGUCAGGGAGGCUGGGAAGACAAACUACUUGGUGUAUAUAUAAUGUCUGUGGUAGGAGGCCAACUCUACCGCCGUCCCAGAGCCAUAAGAUAGGUAAUUUUCCAAUUACAGACUAGAUGGAAUAGACUAUAUUCUUAUAUUCAUUGCUUCUUCAUAGAAGUACAUUUAUUUACCAUCAUUGAUUCAAGUUAGCAAUAUGACUAACUUUGGCCAAUUAAAUAUAAGUAACAGUCAUUCUUCACUUCAGGACAGAAAUACUAAGAACCAGGAUAUGGUUCUCCCAAUCUACUAUUCCCUGCCAGGCAAAUCUGAAGGCAUGUUGAAAGGAUGCUUCUGUCAGCCUGAGUCCCUAAAUGACUAUGAUAAGCAAAGGCUCCCUGCCAACUUGUGAUGGACAUGUAUUAUGAGCAAGAAAUAAAUGUGAUUGUUUAAAGC